AUGGGGCUGCCCCAUGCUGCUGGGGCCCCCGAGCACACAGAGGAGCCCUGCAGCAUUCCGGGCAGCACUCUGCUUCCGUGCUGCCUGCACCCCCUGCCCUGCACUGCAGCUGGCAACCUGGGGCAGGGGCCGGAUUUGAGCGCCAGAGGGAGGGUCACCGUGCUGUGCUGGCCCAGGGGGGCCACCCUGAAUCAGGAGGGGAGCCCUCAGAGCAACAGCAGCGUCUGUGCACUGAGAGCCAUCCCUGUGCCCUUUCUGCAGGCAUCUCGGGUCCUGCGCAGGUUCAGCCAGUCUUCCCGCUGUCAGGGGAGCCUGGAAGUGCUCUUCCCAAGGCUCCUCAUAGCCCUGCUCAACCACCUGGCAUGGGCUGCACAGACCCUGCUAGACAAGGAGCCGGAGGAUGAUCAACCCAGCCCUUCGCGGUGCGCCAUCCCCUUGCCCUGCCAUUCCCCUGGGCCCUCGGCCGGGGCCCCUGCUCUUUGUGUAACUGGAUCUUGCUCUGCACACAGGGAGGCAGUGGAGGCCAUUAAGGAUCUGCUGUGUGUUGCUGGCUGUGGAGAGAAUGUCCAGCAGAUGCAGGAGGAGGGCGGCUGGGACAUGAUGCUCCAAGGAGAGACCCUGGAGGCAGGAGUCAGUUUGCUGGCCAGAGAGAUGUGCAGGAGCCCAGCUCGGGUGCGGUUCUCCCUCUUCCUGCACACGAGAGACAUCGUAUACUGUGGGAGGAAACAGGAGAACACUUUUGCCAUGGCUUUUUAUGUUGAGCUGCUGGGCUGCCAAGACAUGGCAAAGCAGUCGAGUGAUCUGCAGAUCCUCCGGUCUUAUCUGGACUGUGGCAGUGACAGCAUGCUUCUGCUGGUGCUCAGGGGCUUGGUGGCAGUUGCACAGGACCCGGAUGUGGCAGCAGAAAUGCAGGACAGGGCUAUGCUGGACUUCGUCCUGGGGAGACUGGAGCACAACUCGGAAGAGGUCAGGGUGGAGGCCCUGCUCCUCCUCAGGAAGAUAACAGCUCACCCCACCGGGGAUGAGGAGGCCAUCCACAUCACUCUGAUGCUGGCGGAGAAGCUCCCACUCCUCUUUGGUGAUGAGUCCAGCCAGGUGCGGGAGCUCUCCAUUGAGCUCUUUGGAGAAACAAUGGGGACUCUGGUGAGCGGAAAGGAGAGGUGGAUGCAGAUAAUAAUCCACGGGAACCUGGUCUCUCUCUUGCUAAGAAUGAACGAUAAGACCGAGAGUGUGGCCCAGGCCUCUGCCAAAGCCCUCCUCAUCUGUGCAAAGAUCCUGGGGUGGAGAAAGCUCAAGAGAGAGGUCAAAAGGAAGCGGACAACGAGGAUUGCAGAGAUCCUGGUGGAGCGGGACAGGGAUGUGAAGUACCACGUGCAUGCCUGCCUGCCAUACCUGAGGGACGCUCAGUGUGACGUGAGAUUGGCGGCCAUCAAGUUCAUGGGGGCUGCUGCACGGCACCUGAGUGAGGACUCCAGACAUGGAAGAGCUGCAGGGAAUGAUGCGAUGUGA